AGGAGCGCACAGGAGGCACAAAUACACCCAGAGACACUUUCAGCUUUUGCUCAAGUUGUUGAAAAAGAAACUCCGAUGACGAACAGACGAUGAGAGAGGAAGUCAAGGUACGAGAGAUAGGCGGAGGAAUAGGGCUUUUUUACGCGCUCGUGGCAAGUUUGACAGUGGCACCAACGCGGUGAUUUCUUUAAAUUAAAAAGCGUCCUCAGUUUGAGUGACUAUUUAAAGUAUGACGUCCUUUGAUGAGGCAUGUUUCCUGCGUUGUGUCCUCAUGCCCAGGAUUGCGACUCAUGGGAUGUAGUAAAUGGAGAGCCGCGCUCAACCUCGGACACCUGAGGGUGCAGUCCAAGCUGUCCGUCUUCUUUACCAUGAUCAUCCUCUUCACUUACCUUUUUUACUGCCUCAAUGGAUACUGUGACUCCUUACCCAGGCCUGUAUAUGACCAACAAAGUAAUCAUCAGAAUAAAAUCACUUUAAACGAUGGAGCGUCCCAGCAGGAGAAAAUUACGCACAACGCGUCUCAGGUUUUCCGCGAGCAGAUGUCGGACUUCAGCGAUGGUUCCUCUGAUAAUAUCUCUAUAGCUAAUACCUUUGGGAGCAAAAAGUUCCCCCAGGCCAUCAUCAUAGGAGUGAAGAAAGGUGGCACCCGGGCUCUGCUGGAGUUUCUGCGGAUUCAUCCGGACGUGAGAGCCGUGGGAUCCGAGCCGCACUUCUUCGACCGCUUCUAUGAUAAGGGACUGGACUGGUACAGGAAUCUGAUGCCUCGCACUCUGGAGGGCCAGAUCACCAUGGAGAAGACCCCCAGUUACUUCAUCACCAAAGAAGCCCCUCGCCGUGUUUUCUCCAUGAGCCGCCACACAAAGCUCAUCGUGGUGGUUCGUGACCCCGUGACCCGGGCUGUCUCUGAUUACACCCAGACUCUGACCAAAUCUCCCGGGCUCCCGUCCUUUCAGAACCUGGCUUUUCGCAACACCACCACAGGCCUCAUCGACACAACUUGGAGUGCCGUGCGCAUCGGCAUCUACGCAAAGCACCUCGAGAACUGGCUGCGCUUCUUCCCGCUCUCACGUCUCCUAUUUGUUAGCGGAGAACGCCUCGUGACGGACCCAGCGGGCGAAAUGGGCCGGGUCCAGGACUUCCUGGGGCUCAAACGGGUGGUGACGGACAAGCACUUCUACUUCAACCAGACCAAAGGUUUCCCGUGCUUAAAGAAGCCAGAGGGGAGCAGCAGGCCUCGCUGUUUGGGGAAGUCGAAGGGUCGGCCUCAUCCCCAAAUCCCCUCUGAGGUCCUGCAUAGGCUCAGAGACUUCUACAGACCCUUCAAUCUCAAGUUUUACCAAAUGACCGGCCACAAUUUUGGCUGGGACUGAACGCCUACUCACCAAAGCUCUUAAAAACUGUUAGUAGCGUUCUUGUUCAGCCAACUACCCAAAAACCAGACAGGGAUAUCUUAAAGACUGUGUGUUACCAAAGCUUUUACUGUGCAAAAUAUGGCAUUUCUUUAUUUUUUAAGCUAUGAAGACUUUUUCAUCACGAUUUACAACAGCAAUGCUAACAAGGGUUGUGAGGGCCUCAAUCCCUUGGGCUACUUCAGCAAAGCUUUUGGGAAGCGGUGGUUGCUGAUUCGAAAUGACAACCACAAGCCAGAUGGAAGUCGUAUUUGCACUUGGCACCCCUAGAAGCAGGAGUGUGAUAAGCUCUUAUUGCUCUCCAAAAUAUUGAAAAUAUCUCCGGAAAUGUGCCAACAACAGAUGUGCCUAAAAUAUAUAAAUGGCAAAAGAGUAACGAGCCUUAACAGCUUGGCAAAGCUACGAUGAAAUGUUGGAGCUUCCAGAGAAGCAUGGGAGCUCUGCUAAAAAAACUACAAUCCUUGACAGCAAGGAAAGAAACAAAUGGUUUUGAUUUAAGCACAAUCAAAAUAAAUAAGUCUUCAGAAUUAUUGAAUCACAUCAGCAUUGUUCAGUUCACCUCUGUCACAUUUACACGGUGGUUGCCGUUUUAGGAAGUUAUGUUUUUUCUUUAGUUCUUUCAAUGAAAACUUUUUUUCUGGACCGUCUUUGAUUUCAAAUGAAAGCUUAAGUAUGGUGGGAACAGUACCAGCAUUUUAAAAUGCAAUCCGUUAUGUGCCGUAAAUUUGCUGAUAUUUAUGUUGCCAUUUCAAUGCUUGUAUAAAAUGUUCUCUACAGACAAAACCAG